GUUUUAUUGUGAAAGAGUCGAGGAGGAAGUGAUGGUGAUCCGCAAUCAAGAAGAAAAACAAGGAACCCUCGCGUCCUCUUACAUUUGACAAAUAUGGCAUCAAACAGUGCAAACGGUGAUGAGGAGCGUGGCCUUCAAGUGUGUGAACAGUAUGUCCAGAAUCACAAUGUCCAGCAGCUGCUCAAGGACUGCAUCAUCCAGCUGUGCACAGCCCGGCCAGACCGGCCCAUGGCCUUCCUCAGAGACUACUUUGCAAGACUAGAAAAGGAGGAGGCCCAGCAGAUGGCUGUGCAGCAGAGGUCUAGGUUACGCUCCGACUCCCGGGAGGAUGAAGUGUCUCCACCCAUGAACCCUGUGGUGAGAGGUCGGAGCCGGAGAGGAGCCAUCAGUGCUGAGGUGUACAAUGAGGAAGAUGCUGCCUCCUAUGUCCGAAAGGUCAUUCCAAAAGACUACACGAGCAUGGCUGCCCUGGCCAAAGCCAUGGAGAGGAACGUGCUGUUUGCCCACUUGGAUGACAAUGAGAGGAGUGACAUUUUUGAUGCAAUGUUUUCCAUCAACUACAUCGCUGGAGAAACAGUCAUCCAACAAGGUGACGAGGGAGACAACUUCUAUGUUAUCGACCAGGGGGAGAUGGAUGUUUAUGUAAACAAUGAAUGGGUGACAAACAUCAGUGAGGGAGGCAGUUUUGGGGAGCUGGCUCUGAUCUAUGGGACACCUCGUGCAGCUUCAGUUCGGGCAAAGUCUAAUGUCAAGUUGUGGGGCAUAGACAGAGACAGCUACAGGAGAAUACUGAUGGGGAGCACCUUGAGAAAGCGCAAGAUGUAUGAGGAGUUUCUCAGCAAGGUGUCCAUAUUAGAGUCUUUGGAGAAGUGGGAGCGGCUGACGGUGGCGGACGCCUUGGAGACGGUGCAGUUUAAAGACGGACAGAAAAUCGUAGUGCAGGGAGAGCCUGGUGAUGAGUUUUUCAUCAUCCUUGAGGGCACAGCCGCUGUGCUCCAGAGGCGGUCCGGCGAUGAGGAGUUUGUGGAGGUUGGAAGACUCGGAUCAUCAGAUUACUUUGGUGAGAUCGCCCUGCUGAUGAACCGGCCCCGUGCUGCCACCGUUGUUGCGUGCGGACCCCUCAAGUGUGUCAAACUGGAUCGUCCGCGGUUCGAGCGAGUCCUCGGUCCUUGCUCUGAUAUCCUGAAGAGAAACAUUGAGCAGUACAACAGCUUUGUUUCCCUGUCUGUCUGAGCCUGCCAGUAAGCUCCUUUGCCUCUACUGCAGGUCCUAGUAUCGCAAAUGAGCUUUAUUUUCUACUCUCUCUCACAUACAGUAUGUUACCACGCCUUCACAUCACUUCACAUCUGUUACAGCUAUUACUCUCUUUUAUCAUAUUUAUUUUCUUUUCUCCGUUUGUACUUCAAAGCCUACAUUUGUUUGUGUGACGGAAAGUUGUGAGGUCAAAGGUUAAAUACCAGUAUCGAAUAGGUGUUUGCGUACGAUUUAAUGAUGAAGAUGAGAUAAGGUAGUGUAUGAAUUAUGAACUGUGUGUUCACACUUUGAUCACUGUAACAAAUCAUUAAGAUCAAUCAAAUGGUAACUAUUAUACAGAAAUUGCUAUUACAUGAUAUUUAAUUAUCUAGACAAAAGCAGAGAUCUUUUAUGGUCACACUGAAAAUAUUGUAGAUGAAACAGCUGUCGUAGGAUCUAAAACAAACCUGGAAAUAUAUUGUCACACUAUCAAUUAUGCCGUAUAAAAUCAGAAAGAUUGACAGUGACAUUAUGAUUAGAUAAUGUAGCGGAGAGAAGAGGGGGCAGCUCAGGUUUCAUCUUCAGACUGGACUUGAUUCAUGUGAUUCCAGUUUGGUUUUAUGUAAAAUAGCUUAAUCUGUAGAAUAAAUUAGCAAGAGUCCAGUUACAAUAAUCCUCCUCUCCCUCCUGCCUUAGGGCACCGGACCUGUAUCUUGGGUUCGAGCCCCUUACCAAUUUGACCUAAUUAUAAUGAAAAUGUCAAAUAUUCCUUACAGAUUGUAUUUAUAGGCUUUUCUUAGGUUACUCAAAAGUGGAAGUGUUGCCUUGACCAUUGAACAUUUUGGCACAUCACAUGCCUUCUACCUAUUAAAAAGAAGUGUAAACUCCACAGUAGCAUCAUGAUACUUUGUAUAGCAGCGUGGCAAUUCACACUUUAUUGGUGAUUUGAAAAUUAGAUUUUUCUUCAGUUUUACAUAAACAGACUAAGUGUCUGCAAAAUGUACGCAAGCUAACAUGAAAUUCAGCCCUGUUGAAUUACAGACAGCUGAAUUUACUAUUAGAUAGCAUACCUUUUAGUUUUAUGCUGAAUGAUGAGGUUUUUAAGGUGACACAAAAUGGGUUGUAUGUGUUUGUUGCUGCUCUUUGUGAAGUUAAUUUGAACCUUUUGGCUAGUUUUUCCAUCACUUAGGUUUGAACUGAAAUAUCUCAGCACUAUAAGAUACAUUAUCUUAAAAGAUUGACCAUCCAUGCCGUCCUCAUGGUUUUACUGUGAUCCUCCAACACAAUGAUCAUCAAACUUAUGACCAAAUAUCUGCAAAACGUGACAUUUCCAGAAUCCUUAGCUGUACUGUGUGCUACUAGCUAUUUUAAUCAUGCUAUUCUAAGAUUGUUAACAUUUGCAAAACAUCGUAACUAUUUUGGCAAGCCAGUAUUAGCAUUAGUUAAAAGCAUCUUUGUCAAACUGUCCUACUAUCUAUGCAAAGUUAGGUUUUUCUUUUAAAUAUUUAGUAUAGACUAGAUAGAACAUCUUGAAGCAUUUCACCAAAACAUUCUUUCCACUUAAACAUGGUUUCUUUAUAUUUCUUUUAUUAUUUAUACAUAACUAGUGAAUAACUAAUGAACAUCAACUCUAACAGGGUUUAAAUAUGCUUACCUCCACAUGUUACCAGAGCCAGCUUAAAGGGAAAGUAUGGAAAGUAGGGAUAAUAUGAAGAUAAUAAUAACCAAAAAGGUCAACACUGGCUUUUAAAUAAAGUGAGUGUGAGGGGCUUACAUAUCAACAGCAGCCAAUAGACAAAAAACAUAGCAAAUAAAAAUAGAGAACAAAGAUUCAGUGGUAAUGAUGAAAUGUAGCGCCCACUCUUAUUAAACUUGUAUAAAGUCAUUUAUUUUUAGCUUUUAAUAGACAGUGACAACAGGACAGGUUACCUGGCGUGCAAAAUAAAAUCUGAUAUGUUCACUUGAUUUGCAUUUGUAUAACUUUGAUUUAUUUAGGAGACUCUGAAAGGAUAAUACAUGAUAUCCAUGACUUAUUUUCAUUAUUAUGCCUUUUGUAUCAUAAUUCAGGACAAAUUGUACAGCGAUGCUGUGUCUUAUUGUGAGGAAAGAGUCUAAACUUCUUUUCAGAGCAGGGACAUAGAUGUGAGUGCACAUUUCAAUUAGCCCAUGAGACAUUCUUCACUAAGUAGCAAGCCCUGAAAAAUGAUAAUUCUAAAGAAAAAUGUACAUAGUUACUGAGGACAUCGUAAAAACAACAGCAAAAGUCCUCUUUAUCAAAAUAUAUAUUUUAAAACUCAAUUCACACUCAUGGCGUGCGUUUGUAUGUCUAACAUUUUUCAGUUUUUUUUUUUUAACAUUCUCAUUUAUACUAGACAUUUACUUAGUUUUCUUUUUGCUCUUUGAGUUAAGUGGCCUUUUAGGUAAAUUCUCUUCAUGUUGGGUUUGCAGAGCAUGUUAAAAAAACUCACUUCCAAAUGUCUGAUUAUCCCUGUAACUCUGCUGACAUUAUGUAAUCCUUUAUUGUUCUAUAAACAGCUCAGAUGUUUUUCGAAAUUAAUGAUUAAUCUGUUACACAUUUUUUAUAUAUACAGAACUAUUUGAUCAAAGGGGAAAAGGUUAUAUGCUAAGCUAAAGCUUUACUUUCACAACAGAGCUGGUGCUAAGUUUGAUGCUGAGAUUUUCUAGAUUUCAAAGUCAUAAAAUGGAAAAAGAAGGUGUUAAUAAGAUUUGCAGUAGUAGGAGUCCUUUUGAAAGUGCUUAUUGGUGCAUGGCACCCACCAGUGGAGAGCAUCGACCAAUGGGCCACUCUUGAAAUACAGGGUGUUUAAAAUUCAAGAGCUAGGUAAGGAGGGAGACAGGAAAAUCAAAUGUGUUGGUUAGCUUAGGAUGCAAAACGGCUGGUUAGCUGGUUAGCGUGAACUUCCUGCACUCUGGUCGGUACCUUUCAGACUUCAUUGUCAUGGUGACUAGAUGAAAAACUUCAUUGGAACUCUUAAUAAGUAGACACCCUGGAAUUUAGAGUGAGUCAUCAAUAUUUUUUUACAUGCUUUAAUAAAAUGACACACUGUUGUAUGCUAUUCAGAAACAUAUAAAACACUUUUUAAACACUUGCAUUUUAUUGGCAUGUGUUUUCAUGAUGUACAGCAAUGUCUCUGAUUUAUUAUGUCUUAACUCAGUGGGAUCACACCUAUCUGCCCUUUGAAUAUUCUGGUGUCAUUUUAAUUCGAUACUGUAUUUUCAAUAUUAAGUGUACAUUUCUUUUUUACUUUUAUCCUCUCAAUAUCAUAGUGUGGUGUUUUUGUUUUUUUGUUAUAAAGAUCACUGUGCUCUACUCAGUCAGACCAUCACUCUUUGUAAAAACUGAAAGAGCAGCUUUCUUUCCUACAGUUUUUUGUGCCUUUCCUCAGAUUGAUUACAGUGUGACUUUUUGAUUUCUCUGUAGGAUGUUCUUACAGCAGUUAAAUAGCAAUAAAGAGAUCAGUGUUUUUA